AUGGUGGUAGAACGAGACAAUCGGAAGAAUCCCUCGUCGGGCAUGGCCGACGUUCCAUUAAAGACCAAUCUCCCUCGGAAGAGUGCCUUCUCCUGUGAAGCCUGCCGGAAGCGAAAGGUGAAAUGUAACGGUGCCAGCCCGUCAUGUUCACGAUGUGCUGCGCGUGGUGAGGCCUGCGUCUAUAGCUUGGCCCCAACUCUAUCUUAUACCAAGCAACUGGAAACUAGAGUUGCCCAGCUGGAAGAUGCUUUAUCCAAAAUCCGGGGCCAGCAAUCUCCCAGGCCCGAGCUCCAGAAGGGAAGCUCCCCGGCUUCCACAGGGGAGAUUAGCUCCAGCAGCCCCGGUCUUUCUCAUCGGAUAAAAGAAGAAGAGGAUGCUACGGAACGGGAUUUGACCAGAGACUUUGAAGGCCUCAAGGUUGAGAAUGAUGGUCGAAUCUCAUUCCAUGGCCCAACCAGCUUGUUCCAGCUGCCGAGUGGGGUUGUCAAUGAGACCUCAUCGUCCUCGAACCUCGCCAUGGCGAUGGAAGCACGCAAGGAACGGCUGAUCAAUAAUGCGUGGCGGGAGAGGGCAUUUGAGCAGCUGGCUGUCAUGCCGGAACCGUUUCAAUACCUUCUCGACUCUCACUGGUGCUGGAUCCAGCCUCUCUUCAACUUCGUUUAUCGGCCUGCCUUUACUCGUGAUUUGAAGAUCAAUGGUCCCUACUACUCCGAUACGCUACUAAAUGCGCUUAUAUCCCACUCGGUCCGAUGGUGUAAGGCUGAGCCUAAGAUCGGGCCGAUCUUGGACCAGUUCGAUGGCGGUGCACAGUUCUUCCAUCGGGCCGUGUCGGGCUUGUACGACUCGCUGAAGGUCGGCUAUGCUGGUAUCCCGACAAUCCAGACCUUGCUGCUCCUCAGUGCCCAAGAGUGUGGUCGAGGAAACAGAACUCAAGCAUGGCUAUACAGUGGUAUGGCGUUCCGGUUAUUGGACGAUCUCGGCAUCUCGAUCGACAGUCGCAAGUACUCCGGUUCGGCUCACUUGAGUGAUGAAGACAUCGAGAUUCGAAACCGUCUCUUCUGGAGUUGUUAUUUCUGGGAUAAGAUGGUCUCGUUGUAUUUUGGAAGGGCACCUACGAUGCAGCAUUCCCGGGUCAGCCCACCGCGAAUGAUUCUCGAUGACACUUCUGAGAUUGAGGCUUGGACACCCCAUGGAGUUAUCUUCCCGGAUGGCACGCAUUACCCGCCCACUCAGGCCCAUUCAACGUCUUGUUUCAUGAAGAUGUGCGGGUUGGCGGAGAUUCUCAACCAGGUCUUGGUUCACAUUUAUGACCCUAUACGACAGAGUUCUGAGGCGGAGUUUUUCAACUGCGUGCAAGAGCAGGCUAAAAAUCUGUCAGAGUGGUGGGAAGAGUUACCGGACUUUCUUAGGCUGGUUGCUACCGACCUCCCUCCUUACUGCCCACCGAGUCACAUUGUGAUCCUGAACUGCCUAUAUCACACCGUCAACAUCUUACUUCAUCGCCCGAUUCUCUGCUCGCGAGAAUUACUCAAAACACAAGAAACCUAUGACAAGAACCAUCUGGUCCAAUGCAUGGCGUCUGCGACUGCCACUCUUUCCCUUUUCGAUCUCUACCGUCGCACCUUUGGUGACAGUCACGUUGUCCUUUCUCUCGCCUACAGUGUGUAUACCGCUGCGUCUAUUUUCUUGCUCGAGAUCCAGGCCUUGAAAUAUGCCGCUCCGGGAACCCUCGACAAGUUGAAGUACUGCAUCUUCGCUCUGGAGCGAGUGAAGCUUUCAAAUCCUGUCAUCACCACAGCUCUUAGUCUCAUCUAUCGGGAGCUCCAGGUCCUUCAAAUCGACAUUCAAAUCCCUAUGCCUGGUAGACAAGAACAACAACAGCAGCAACCACAGCAACAACAUCACCCUCGCUCUCAACCGCUCUCCCGUCACGAAAGUCAGUCUCCAUCCCAACAACACCAAGCCCCAGCCCAACUCUCUAUGAACCUGGGCGAUAAUUCUCGUCACGUCUCCCCCGUCCAUCACCAUCAGCAAACACAAUCACAACACCAGUCACACACGAGUACCCCCUCCAUGAUGUCGGCAUACCCCUUCCAACAGCCCGCCGCGGGCUUCGAUAUUAACCAAACUACCGUCCCGCCCAUGACCCCUACUCAUCUACUUGGAGGAAUGCCCAACGCCGCCAUGACUUUGGACAACACAGGCACGUACGAGAUCACCCCGGAGGUGUUUGAGGCCUUUUCGUAUGCUCAGCCUAUUUCGACGAAUAUGACACCGGCGUUUGAUGCAGGAUGGGCUAGACACUCUCCGCAAACUUGA